AUGUCUAAGGAGCAUGAAAAAAUAGGCUUUGAGUUGACACAACCUUUUGCUAUCAUAUUGAGUCCGAUCACAAAUGAAUACGUGGAACUCCCACUUAAUGAUGCUUGGAAGAAGACGUUUUACACAGGUUACAGCUUCGGAUUUGGUUAUAGCCCUAACAAAAAACAAUACAAAAUAGUUAAACUUUCUUCUAUCAGGAGGGGUUUAUAUGUAGCUGACAUUUUUACAAUUGGAACAUUUACCCGUGGUAGUUAUGGAAAAUGGAGUAGAGUUCCAAUCUUGAUACGAUUCUGCGUUUUAGGGAGUGGUGAUGGUGUUUACUUGAAUGGUUCUCUUUAUUGGAACGGAUACAACGGUAACUACCUUGAUAUGAGAAACGGGGGUAAAGUUGUUCUUUUACGUUUUGAUGUAGAAGAUGAGAAAUUUGAAGUUGUUUCUUUUCCUCACGGUGUGGAAGAUGAAGUUUUUCGUGGUUCUUCUAAUAUUUGGAUCUUUAAUAACACCCUAUAUCUGUCUUGUUUCGACUUCAACACUAACAAUGGCAUUGGUAGGUUUCAUGUGUGGAAGCUUAUGGAAGAGGGUUAUUCAUGGUUUAAAUUAGAACAAGAGUUUGUUAUUAGACAACCCAUCUCAAACCAUUGGUCGACGGUGGCGUUGCUUCAUUACAUAAGAUACCUAAAAUACCGUGGUUACUAUGAUUUCUCCUCAUCUUGUACUAGAUAUCAUUUCCAACUCAUCAAAGUUUUUGAGGAUGAAAAGAUGUUGUUUCUUAUCUCUCGGAAGGCUUUAAUUUUAUACGACUCCAAGACCGAGCAGUUUGAGGUGACGUAUAAUGAUCUAAAUCAAGAUCAAGAUGGGAAAUUAUGGAUUUAUGAUAUUGAUUAUUCAUUAAACGUUGAUUCUCUCCCAAAGACUUUGGGAGUAAAUUAA